GUCGGGAUUGAACCCGGGGUUGAGGCAGCGACUCUCCGGUGGGGUCGAUGUCUCGCCACUGAAGGGGGAACAGUCACAUGGAUCACCCACAGGGGUGCCACCCUUGCCGGGCACUGUCCGUGAUGCACGCCCUGCGGCAGGACAAGCAACUGUGCGACGUGACGGUGCGCGUGGCCCACGGCGGCAAGGAGCAGGCGUUUGCCGCCCACCGCGUGGUGCUGGCAGCCAGCAGCCCCGUGUUCAGGGCCAUGUUCACCACCAAGCUGAAGGAGCAGGGGGCGCCGGAGGUGGUGCUGAAGGGCGUGGAUCCCAGGGCCAUGGAGAGGCUGAUCGAGUUCGCCUACACCUCGCUGGUGUCCGUGGACGCGCACUGCGUGCAGCAGCUGAUGGUGGCCAGCUCCAUGUACCAGGUGGACGGGGUGACCAGGGCCUGCACCGACUUCCUGCUGCAAAACAUGGACUCCUCCAACGUCAUUGGUAUUGCACACUUUGCCGAGCAGGUUGGCUGCGUCGAACUCUGCCAGAAGGCCAAGAAAUACGUCCACAUACAUUUCACCGAGGUGAUCAAGGAAGAAGAGUUCUUCAACCUCUCCCACUGCCAGCUGCUGGAUCUAGUCAGCCAGGACGGGCUGAACGUGGGCUGCGAGACGGAGGUGUACAAGGCGUGCAUGGAGUGGGUGCGCCGUGACGUGGAGGGGCGAGCGCACUACUUCCACGCCCUCCUCAACGCCCUGCAGAUCUACGCCCUGCCCCGCCGCUUCCUCAAGCACCAGCUGCAGGCCUGCCCCAUCCUGGGCAAGCUCAAUCCGUGCCGGGACUUCCUCUCCAAGAUCUUCCGGGAGAUGGACCUGCGCCAGCCGCUGCCUCCGGUCAGGCACCGCGGCAACCAGCUGGUGUACGUGGCCGGCGGCUACUGGCACCGCCCGGUGCCCAGCGUUGAGGCCUUCAACCCCAGGACGGGGCGGUGGGUGAAGCUGGCCGACAUGCCGGUACCACGCAGCGGGGCGGGCACGUGCGUGGUGCUGGGGCUGCUGUACGCGUUGGGCGGCAGGAACAACGUACUGGGGGAACACUUGGACAUGGACCGACUGGACUGCUACAACCCCCUGACCAACCGCUGGGUCACGCGGGCGCCCAUGAGCGUGGCCAGGAACAGGGUUGGCGUCGGCGUCAUCGACGGGAUUAUCUACGCCAUCGGCGGCUCCUGCGGCUCCCUGCAUCACCGCAGCGCAGAGAGGUACGACCCUGAAACAAACCGGUGGACAGCUAUAGCGCCGAUGCAGAGCCGGCGAAUAGCGGCUGGGGUGGCGGUGUGGAGCGGGCUGCUCUACGUGGUCGGCGGGUUUGACGGGGACGAGCGUUUGCGCAGCGUGGAACGUUACUGCCCUGAAAGAGACACGUGGAGCUCCGUCACCCCCAUGGGGACCGUGCGGAGCGGAGCGGGUGUGGUCACCCUGGGCCAUUAUAUCUAUGUUGCCGGGGGCUACAAUGGCCAGGAGCAGGUUUCAUCUGUGGAACGUUACUGCAUCGAUGGGGAACGCUGGGAAUGCGUUGGCAGCAUGAAGCACAGUCGCAGUGCCAUGGGGAUGACGGCUUUUCAGCGGAAGAUCUACGUCUUGGGUGGAUUUAGCCAGCAUGGAUUCCUCAACAGCGUGGAGUGCUACGAUCCGGAGAAGGACAAGUGGACAGAGGUGACCUCCAUGCCCACGGCGCGCAGUGGAAUGGGAGUGGCCGUCACCAUGGAGCCCUGUCCCCGGAAUCUGGCCCCCACCCCCACCGUCUCCCCCCCGCUCGUCCCUGGCUGAGCUGAGCUGACCGACAGACUCCCGCCCAUCUGUUGGUGGUCAUCCUCCCCAUCCUCCUCCGCCAGCUACUCCCUGCCCUGGUGGGGGGGGGGGGGGUGAGGGGGGGACACACACACACCAGGACUCUCAGCUCACGCACACAGUGACGGCAACAGUGCGAAAGCUGCACGGCUGGAGAAACCAGGCCGCGAGUCGACGUCUGCCUCUGCGGAAAGCAAGAAGCAAGGAAUUGGACUUGGUACGGGAUGAAGUUCAGCUUUCAAGUGUCAACUCAGAACAUGGAACUGAUUGUGAAGUUGCAGGCCUUCUGUUUAGUUUCGAGGUACAGCGUGGAAACAGGCCAUUCGGCCCACCGAGUCUGUGCUAACCAUUCUCCCGUUCACUCACUGGUUAUCUCCCCCCACCUCAUCAUCUGCUCCCGACACUUAGUUCAAUAUAGUUCAGAGAUACAGCGAGGAUACGGGCCCUUCGGCCCACCGUGUCCGCGCCGACCAGCGGUCACUCGAGCGCCAUUUCUAUCCUCAAUUUGCAGAAUUCGUUGCUAAAUUAGCCAACGACCUUGAACAUCUUUGAGGUGUGGGAGGAAACUGGAGCACCUGGAGAAAACCCACACGGUCACUGGGGGAAACGCGCAAACUCCACGCAGACAGCACCCGAGGCCGGAGUUCGAACCUGGGUCCGUGGUGCUGUGAGGCGGCAACUCUACCGCUGGGCCACCGUGUCGGGUUGUCUGUUUGUCCUUUCGGACAGGAGCGGGAGGGACACGGUCCCUUGUGGAGGCGGGAGGGAAGAGGGCGAGGGAUUUUCCAGACCACUCCAUGUUAUUCUUUGUAAUAUCCCAGCAAAUUUUAAUUUACUUUUUUUAUUAUUACAACAAGUCGUAUCAUUAAUUUUUCAUUAAUUUUUGAGCGGGUGCGAUGAGAGGGCGGGGGAAUCGAACCUGCUGAGUCUCAGCCUGAAACACAUGAACUCUCUUGACUCUAGCUGUAAACCUGCUGGUAGCUCCACUGAUCCCAUCCCCUGGUUCCACAACCCCGGCUCACAGUCUCGAUUAGG